AAAGAAAAAAAAAAAUCUAGUCAUAACCCGAGGGAGGGAACCCUGGUUUAGCCGCCAGGUGGACCUUUCCCUCUUUCUUUCUUCCUUCCAUUCCAUCACAUUGUACGGUCCCCUUUUCAUUGGUUCCUCCAACCCAACCCAAGCCAACAAAUACAACAUAACACAUUCCUUCAACACUUUGCAUUUUCAAACAUCCACCACCACCUCCACCGCUUCUCUCUCUCGGGUUCGGAUCUCCGAUCGCCGCCGCACCGCGAAACGAGUUUCCAAACUCAGAAUCCAGAUCCCUACUUCAACAAACAAACAAACAUGAUUGCGAUUCCGUAUUUAACCGCCUUAACCACCUACUUCAGCUACGGGUUGCUCUUCGCCUUUGGCCAGUUCAGGGAUUUCUUCCGGAAAAUCUUCGACUGGUGCAGCGCCAACACUCUCCAGGGUUACGCACCGAUCUGCUUAGGGCUCGAAGAUUUCUACAUUCGCCGUUUGUACCUCCGAAUUCAGGACUGUUUUGGGAGACCAAUUGCAAGUGCUCCUGAUGCUUGGUUUGAUGUAGUCGAACGCUACUCGAAUGAUAACAACAAGACACUGAAACGGACUGAUAAAAUAAGUAGAUGCCUUAAUUUGGGAUCAUACAACUAUCUUGGUUUUGCGGCAGCAGAUGAAUACUGCACACCUAGAGUAGUUGAUACGUUGAAGAAGUAUUCUCCUAGCACUUGCAGUACCCGUGUGGAUGGGGGGACGACUGCACUUCACCUUGAAUUGGAGGAGUGUGUUGCAAAAUUUGUUGGGAAGCCAGCUGCUAUAGUUUUUGGUAUGGGCUAUGUGACGAACUCUGCUAUUCUUCCAGUCUUGAUGGGAAAGGGAAGUUUGAUUAUUAGUGAUUCAUUGAAUCACAACUCAAUUGUUAAUGGUGCACGAGGAUCAGGAGCAACAAUUCGUGUUUUUCAACAUAAUGAGCCAUCUCAUCUAGAAGAAGUGUUGAGAGAACAAAUUGCUGAGGGACAACCUAGGACACAUAGGCCUUGGAAGAAGAUAAUGGUUAUUGUGGAGGGGAUAUACAGCAUGGAAGGAGAGCUUUGCAAACUUCCAGAGGUCAUAGCUGUAUGUAAAAAAUACAAGGCUUAUACAUAUUUGGACGAAGCACACAGCAUUGGAGCUGUGGGCAAGACAGGAAGAGGUGUUUGUGAGCUCUUGGGUGUGGAUACUGCUGAUGUUGACAUUAUGAUGGGAACAUUCACCAAAUCUUUUGGAUCCUGUGGAGGUUACAUUGCGGGAUCUAAGGACCUUAUCCAACACUUGAAGUACACUUGCCCUGCUCAUCUUUAUGCAACUUCAAUUUCACCACCGGCUGCACAACAAAUAAUUUCAUCCAUAAGAGUUAUUCUUGGAGAGGAUGGUUCCAAUAGAGGUGCCCAGAAACUUGCACAAAUUCGAGAAAAUAGCAACUUUUUCAGGUCAGAAUUGCAGAAGAUGGGAUUUGAGGUUCUUGGGGAUAAUGAUUCUCCAGUAAUGCCAAUCAUGCUUUACAACCCCGCCAAAAUCCCUGCCUUCUCAAGAGAGUGCCUCAAGCAGAAUGUUGCUAUUGUGACAGUGGCAUUUCCUGCAACCCCACUGCUACUGGCUAGAGCACGUAUAUGCAUAUCUGCAGCUCAUUCAAGGGAGGACCUUAUCAAAGCCUUGCAGGUUAUUAGCAGAGUGGGUGAUCUUGUUGGCAUAAAAUACUUCCCUGCUGAACCAACAAAGCAGCAACAAGAAGGGGGUAAAACUGUGAAGUUUGAUUGAGAGAGAAACUUUUCUUUAAGCAGAAAUGGGAUUAGAGACUACUGAAGAUAGAGAUGUAGUGAUAAGAAAGCAAUUUGUUUAAACAAGGGAUUGGUUUCAAACUGGCUGGUGUCUUCUGUAUAUGAAUUCAUUGCCAUAUUCGGAAGUGUGGAUUUUGCCCAGAGCAGCAGAUCCAUAUAAUUGUUCUCAGAUUCAAGUGAACGUCUCUUGGAGGGAAGUCUGUUCUUAUUUUGCCCAGUCAUUAGAUAAUAUGUAUAGGUGGAGUUUGGUUAUUCAUUUGAAACUUACUUUUGCUUGGAAUUUUAAUCAAGUAAAAUUGAUGAUGAUACAUUGGGUUGUAAUUUUGAAUGCGAGCAGUCCUUUGGAAAGUGUAUAGGCCACUUUAGCAAUGUUUUUUUUACAAUAGGCUGUCUACUUGAAUUGCCAUGUGGGCAUGGGUUUCUAGUUUCCUCAAAAGCUGACGGUCAAAAUCCAAUUUUCUGACCCA